UCAUCGGACUUUUAUCAUCGUUGGUUGUCUACCGUCUCCAAAUACUUUCGAACGCGCGGGAGUAUCCUUUUUUUUCCAGGAUCUUGAUUAUAUUUUAAGAAUAUAGAGCAAGCUGUGUGUAGGUUAGGGAUAUCACCUAACCCCAUAAAGUGAUAGAAAGACAUUUCAUUGGAGUCAUUUUGUGUCGUCUGUUAUCUUCUCUAUGAUGUGAAACUCCUAAAAAAAAAAAAAAAAUCAUAAUAAGGACGAAAAUCUAAUAAUAAAAAAAAUUCGUCCUUCCUACGCAUUUUUCAUUAUUUUUUUUCUUCCAAACACACAAAAAUACCGAUACUACUUUUUUUUGUAUUGUGUUGUUGUUGUGUCUUGUGCUUAUUUCGCGACUUUUUCUAUGUUUGUCGUCAAAAAAAAAAAAUAUAAUCAAAUUUUCCUCCUUUGUGAUAAUUGAAAAAUGUGCGUCGUAUCCUUGAGGGAAUAAUUUAUAUAAAAAAAAGACAAUUUUCUGUGUGUGUGUUUAUUUUCUUCCUUUUUUUUGUCUUGUUGGUUUUUGAAUGAAAAUAACUUUGUUGUCUGCCGCCUGAAGAAAACGACGACAAAUCCGGUAUCCAGUGCGAGAGAGAGUCGCCUUAUAAUUUUGGAUAAGAAAAUCAUCAUCAUCAUCAUCAUUGUAGUCAUUGUCAUCAAAAAAGGACUCUGUGUGCAGCUGAAAAGGAUUAUGAUUUAAGAAGAGAUCAAUUACCAAUGCAAAUCAGCAAUGAAAUUGCUGAUGACAUGGCCAUGGAGGUGCCGUCGCUCUACAGUUGGAAAAUGCUUUCUCAUAUAUUUAGCAUGGAUUUUCAAAUUACUCGUCGUUACCAUACGAGUUGAGAAUGUUGGAGCUUUGAAGGAUAUCGUUCGUAUUGCAGAUGGUAGUUCAGUGGGCAGAGAUGCCAUUGAACAAUCUCUGGUAACAAUACAUGAUAUUUCAACAGAAAAUCUAGGGACACUUUGCAUUUCAACACUAUUCCGACCGUUGCAAGUGCCCUUGAACUCAGAGCGAUAUGAGAGCUCACGACAGAAGGCGGAUUUGGCAGCCUCUAUUCUUCAGGAAGUGGGAAUUAUUCGUCAUGGAGGCCUGUCAGAUGCCUUAUCCAAAGGCUUACUCACUGACGAAUACAUAACUGGUGCAAGAAUUAUCGCCUUAAAUAUGACCAAUGGAGCUGUGCAGUCGUAUGUCUGGUGGACGAAGAAUGUAGACAAUAAUGCUGGAGAAUAUACACGUUAUCAAGAAGAUGGACUGCAAAUUGGAAAGAAGCCAGUUUCAAGCUAUCCAUGGUACGAUGACGAAACAUCAAGUUUAACAUUACAUUCGCCAAAAUUCGCUAAAAGCCCACCAAAUAUUUACUACAAAGGCUGGUGGACAUUCCCCUAUUUGUCAUGCAACCUCGGCAAAUGGAUACUCUCCUAUAGCAUAGCCAUACCACCAGUCGGUCGACAUGGACUAAGAGGUUUUAUCAGCAUCGACAUUGAUGUGACAAGUUUGCGUGUGAAUCAAUGCGAAUCGCCUAAAUAUCGAUUCAACUACCAGCAAAUACAGUCGCGCCGAUUCCAUUUAGUCGAUACCCAAAUGACUGAGUCCAUAAGUGACAUUCAAGCAUUUCACGGAUCCCAUAAAUGCCAUCCUGACACAAUGGAGGUAAGAGUGUGUCAAAGUUUUUUUGUGAUUUAUACAGCUUCUCCAUUUUUUUUUUUUAUGAUAAAUCUUUAUUUUUCGGAACAGUGCCAAUAUCGUAUACCUGUGGAAUCGCCGACAAUAACAAAUAAAAUCAUCGCUACCCCUAAUGGAUGGACGCGUGGCUCUUACCAAUGUUUGUGCAGACGUGGUUUCUAUUCGGUGAGGCAUCCAGACGGCUUUAAUGGCACUGUUAUGGAAAUUGCCUGGCAGGAGCAACGUGACAAUAUGAGCAAUUAUUAUACGGAUGUCUUUGUAUGUUAUAAAUGUGCACCCGGGUGUGGGGAUUGCCACGGGCCCGAACCCUGUUUGGCCAGCUAUAACUGGCCAUUUAGGAUAUCGUUGUUGACCGUUUCGGUUGGUUGCGCUCUAUCGACUAUUGUGCUGGCGGGUUAUUUAUUCCAUCACCGGAAAGUGAAGGUAUUCAAAGUUGCCAGCCCCAUAUUUUUGCUGAUAACGUUGAUUGGAUGUGCCAUUAUGUACAUGGAGAUGGCAGCGAUAUUUCCAAUACUCGAUACUUACUGGUGUGUUGCCACAAAAUGGACUCGACACAUGGGUUUCUGCAUAACAUACACUUCAUUACUAAUGAAAACAUGGAGAGUGUCCUUGACAUAUCGAGUGAAGUCAGCUCACAAAGUCAAACUAACCGAUCAGCAGCUUCUUCAAUGGAUGGUUCCUAUACUUUUGGUGAUGUUAAUUUAUUUAGGAACUUGGACUAUUUCUGCGACUCCAUUUGCAGAAGUUAUUCACGACCAGGAUAAAUUAAAAUUCAAACAAUGUUCGUACAAUUGGUGGGACCACAGCUUGGCAAUCGGUGAAGUUUUGUUUUUGGCUUGGGGCAUUCGAGUUUGUUAUAACGUACGGAAUGCAGAAUCCUUGUACAAUGAAGCCCGUUUAAUAUCGUACGCCAUUUACAACAUUGCUAUUGUCAAUAUAACAAUGAUAGCUUUUCACCUCUUCAUAUUCCCCCAAGCUGGUCCGGACAUAAAGUACCUCCUGGGGUUCAUUCGCACACAGUUGUCCACAACUGUCACUGUCGUCUUGGUUUUCGGUCCGAAAAUAUCUCGUGUUUUCAAAGGACAAGGAGACCAAUGGGACAAUAAGGCUCGAGUUCGUAGCAUUACAGCAUCAUUCUCUCUCAAUGGUGUUGGUUUAGUGCCUGAAGAAUCACCCGACUUGUAUCAGGAGAACGAGGAGCUAAAGGAACAAAUCCAAAAGCUUGCUCAUCAAAUAGAAUUUAUGAAGACUGUCCACAUGCAAAUGAAUAACCGUCAUUUGAAACCAAAGCCCGGCGGCUAUUUUACAAUCACGUCAACUUCAUUUCAAGCCCCAUUUACAAAAACACCCGUCUUGACAGCCCAGACACAAACGUCAAAAGGUUCAUCUAGCCACCAUCAGCAGCGCCACCAGCAACACCAUCAGUCUCCUGUCCAGCCACCGAUUAGUAGCUGCAUAAGUGAUGAUGGUAUUAGUGGCACGAACAGCAGUAUUGGCGCCAAUUCAAUUGGAUUUGCAGCCGCCCCAAGUAUACAAACGCCACAAAUACACAGUGUCAAGGAGAAAGUUUGACGAGACGACCGAAGUGGAAAAGAUUGCUCAAUUGAAUUUAACC